AUGCGACCAGGUAAUGGAGCAGACAUACAAUCGGGAUUCGAAAGUCAGAGUUGGUUUAGUUGGAUUCACUCUAAACAGGAAUGCAGUGCACAGGUGGAUCAUGGCACAGGCAGACCGUGGUGCUAUCACCAGUGUCUCAAGAUGACAAAUAAUCCAUCAGAGACCAGGUAAAAUAUGUGCUGUCGUAACUAUGCAUUGUGUAUGAUAUAAUCUAUUAUAAUAUAGCAUUUGUGAAUUCUGAACACUGAUUGGCUAAGAGCUGUGUUGAUAUACAACAAUAUCAAUACGGAAAAUGUUUUUCUUUAUACUUCUUUGUGCUAUAUUAUAAAAAAAAUAUAAAACAUUUUUCCGUAUUGAUAUACACUCAGUUAUAUCAACACUCGUGGGAAUUGAGAAAACCCGAAAUUGUGUGAAAACACUCAGCCCUCCGAGCGUUGUGUUUCCACAAAAUUUCUCGUUUUCCCAAUUUCCAGUCGUGUUGAUAUAAUUGAAAAUCAAUACGGAAAAAUGUUUUAUAUUUGUUAGGUAUAAAUUUUCUAUGUUUAUGUGCAACGAUGUCUAUGCUAGCGACUAAAAGAAGUUAUCACAGUUUGCUGUAAGUUGCAAACUAUCUGCAAUAUUUUGCCUGUAAAAUUCUACUUCAUUUUCAAUGUAGAACACGCAAAGAAAUGGAUGCUACACAAACUAAAUACCAUGAACAGGAAGUGGCCAGUUUCGUGGAAACUAUAACGAACAUGAGCAAUCCUUUUGAAGUGGAAGACAACAUGAUCAAUAUCGCCAGUGGAAAGGUCGCUACUGCAGAUGUCUCUAGAGACAUGAACUGUGCAAAGGACAUUGGAGAACAGAAAUGUAAAAAUUUUAUAUCAGAGCAAUUACUUAGUGAAAAACCAGAUCUGUUUGCCACAAUUAAAGCUACCAAACUAAGCACGUUUUCAACAAUGGAUAAGAAGGCAAAGGUGAAAACUAGUAAGGGACAAAUUGUCGAGCUAAAAAACGACUUGAAAUUUAUCACCAGAUUGCUUGCAGUAGGCAAAGCAAGAGAUGUUGACAUGAAAGAAGUUCCCACCUACAGUCUUAGGAAAUUCCCGUCCCCAUUAUCAACUGUUGAUGGACAGCUAGUGAAGACUUCCAAAGCAAAGUUAUUGCAUAUCCUAGAAGGUCGUGUAGAACACUCAGCAAUUGAUCAGUUGCCACCUAAUAAUGCCUUAAUACUGGAUGGCAUGGCGCUAAUUCAGACGAUUAAACGCAUCCCUGAAACCUUUGGGGCUUUGGUGAAAGUCAUAAUGAAUCGUAUUUUGUCAUCAGCAGCAAGUUCAAAGUCAACAAGGGUUGAUUUCGUGUGUGACACAUAUCCUGAUGUAAGCAUCAAGAACCUGGAAAGGAGUAAGCGUGCGGAAACAGGAUCGAUGAUGAUUAUGAUUCUAGGUCCACAACAGAAGGUGCCCAGACAAUUCAAGAAGUUCCUGUCUCUUGGAAAGAAUAAAGAAGCGUUGAUUGAAUUUAUUUUCCAGCAUAUGAAAGCUGUCGAAGGAUUGUCAACUGCCGUUGAUUGA